AAUGAGAAGUGGAAAAGAAACAUGAAGAGGGUAGGAAAAGUCAAUUUUGGUUGCUAUUUGGUAACUAGAAAGUAGUAUUUUAGUUUUGAAUAUUUAAUGGAGAGUUAAUAUUAUUGGAAAAGUAUGCUCUGAUUUUGGUGUUUUAGUUUUGAAUAUUUAAUGGAGAGUUACUAAGUUGUAGCAAGAAGUUGAAAAUUGGAUCAUAUUGUUUGGAGUAGAAAUACAUGUGUUUUAGUGUUUUUUUUCUUCAUGUAAACAGAAAAUCAUGGAUUCCCUGUAUUUUUUAGCUUAAGAAAUUUGCUUGUCAUGUCUCAUUUUCUGUUUCUUGUGAACCUUUGUUAUUGACACCGAGUUAGAUGCAUUUUUUACUGACUCAGGUCAAAAAAACACUAUAAUUAAGGCACAGUAUUUAAGUUUAGACAAUGUUACAAAGAACUUGAGAAAGUUCUAUGCACAAGCUUACUUGGGACAAUCACCAAAACAAGCUCCAAAGUAUUGGCUUCAUUUUCAAGUUUCUGUACUAUCGCUUGGUUGGAAUACUUACUUUGUCUCAAAGGCAUAUAGUACAGAAAAUGGGAUCAAUGGCAGAUGAAUUGGAUCCAUGUUGAACAAUUGGAUCCAUGUUGAACAAUCAUUGGUGAACACAGGAAAGGAAAGGGCAAAAGUCAGCCUUCUUUUUACAUGGGCGGAAGGAAAUGUUGCCAACCAGAGGGAACAUCUAAUUCUUCUCCUUGCCAAUAUUCACAUUCAGAAAGCUAAUAAGCAGUCUGUCUUGAAGAGUUAUACACAGUAUAUCCCUUUGCCAAUCAGUGACCUUGAUUCUUGGUUGAAGUCACCCUCCAUAUAUGUUUUUGAUUGCUUUGCGGCUGGGGGAAUAUUGUGA